AAUACUAGUAAGUUCUUUGCUCCGUCUCUAUCUGCCGAACCGAGUGCCGUUCGUCGAGCCAGUCGCAUUCUUACAUAGCUGCUGUGCAAAAGCAGGGUUUUAUUUCGCUUCAUUUGGUCGCUGUUAUUCUUUUAUUUUGUGCCAUUAUCUUAGUAGCUACUUUAGCGAUUUUUAGGUAUUGUUUGUGUUUUUUUGCGCAAUAAGCCACUUCCACGUUGGUAGAUAAUUUAAUUGAAAGUGCAUCGCGAUUAGCAGUGUCGAGCAAAGACACACACACAAAGUCGGUUUAAAUCACUGGAGAUCAUGACGAAGCCAAAGGUGCUUAUUCUGGGAGGUUGUGGUUUCAUCGGGCGGCAUUUGGUGCACUAUCUGGUGGUGAAUGAUCUGGCCGAACGAAUUAAGGUUGUGGACAAGACGCCGCCCCAGAUGGCCUGGUUGAACCAUCGACACGCAGAAGCGUUUGCCAACGAAAGGGUAGAGUAUGCCAGUGCGAAUCUUAUCAACGCCACUUCCUGUCAGAACGCCUUCAAGACGGACGACCCGGCGGGUUGGGAUUAUGUGAUAAACUGUGCCGCCGAAACGAAGCCCGGCCAGACUGAUCCGGUUUACCAGGAGGGAAUUGUCAAACUAACGCUAAACUGUGCUAACGAGGCUGUGAAAUAUCGUGUGAAAAGAUUUGUAGAAUUAAGCACCGGAAGUAUGUGCUCCAGCGAGAAGAUACCGCAGAAGGAAGACUGCUCCAUAGAACCCUGGUCCAUGGUGGGAAAAUACAAGGCACUGACUGAACAGGAGCUGGCGAACGUAGACGGAUUGAAGUACACUAUUUUUAGAUUACCGAUAUGUUACGGCACUGGUGAUAGAAAAGGACUCACUCCACGCAUUUUGAUCGCAGGAAUUUACAAAUAUCUCAACGAAACAAUGAAGCUUCUCUGGACGGGAUCGAUGAAAAUGAAUGUCGUCCACGUAGAGGACGUUUGUGGUGCCUUGUGGGAGCUAAUGCGGAACGAGCAAACGGCGGGAGAAACGAUAAACAUCUGUGAUGACAGUGAAGCAACGCAGGAAAUUAUCAGUGACCUAUUGGCGGACAUCUUUGGCAUCAAGGCAGAUUAUUGGGGCAUUGUAAUGUCUAGCAUGACUAAGGUGGAUAUGGUGGGAGCAAUCGAAGAGAUCAACGACAAACACCUUGGACCCUGGGCAGAACUGUGCCAGAAAGACGGUGUAUUCAAUACCCCACUCACGCCCUAUAUGAACCAGGAACUGCUGCUCCACAAGCACCUCAAUCUGGAUAAUGCGAAAAUGAAGAGUUACGGAUACCAGCUGAAGCAUCCGACCAUUCGGCGAGAGUAUUUGGAAGAAAUUAUCAAGGAUUUUAUUGCAAUGAAUCACUUUCCGCGUUCACUGCUUGAGGCCUAACGGGAAAAGUUUGUACUUAACGAAAUUGCUCAAUUUUUUGUGAAGUUGCAAAAUGUGCGAUCUCUGACUUGCAAUUUGGUAAUAGAAAAUUCCCAUAACAUUAUCGUAGAGACACAAAUUCUACCACAACAGGAUUUGAAGAGAUGAAAAGAGAACGCUAACUGAUUAUGAAACUUCUAGUGAUGAAUCGUAUUCCUUAAAAGUAACAGAAAUAAUGUAAUAAACAGUACUUUAAAAGUGUAGACAAUGUGCCUAAAAACGUAGUGAAAUGAUAUGGUUAUAAUUUAUGGAUAUCAAAUAAAUAUGACUAUCUUUACGUUAAAUGUGUUAAA